CGCCGACAGGAGCGGCACCACCCAAUGCUCCGCACCGUGCGCCACCUUCUCUUCCCUGACCUCUCCUCGUAUGGUGCUGAGCCGGGCAUGGGCCUGCUCGACCCGGACCCCGCCGAGCACGCGCGGGAGCUCCUUGCCGCCGCCAAGCCGCACCACCGGCGAGCGGUGGAGCUGGCGCUGUGCGACCUGUACGGCCGGCGCGCGGAGGCGAUCGUGAGGCUGCCGCGCGGCGUGGAGCGCGCGCUGGCGCACCGCCUGCUCCACGACCCGCGCGACCUGCCCCUCCUCCUCAACUUUAUCCAGUGCGGCCUCUGGCUCGCCUUUUCGCUCACGCUGCAGCUCACGCUGCUGCCGCGCGACGGCGGCCUCUCGGCGCGCGCGGUCGGGCUGUUUGUGGUGCACGUGGUGGUGACGUGGGCAAUCCUCGGCCAGCGCUUCAUCCUCGGGAUGCACUUUGCCGCGCAUCGCACGCUCAUCUCUCCGCGCAUGCCUGGCGCCGCGCUGCUCAACGCGCUCCCGCAGCUGGUGCUGGCCAACUUUUGGGGGAUGCCGGCGGGGAUGUACUACCUGCACCACGUGGUGAUGCACCACGCCUCCAACAACCUCUUCUCCUGGGACCUCUCCGGCACAAACUCGUACCGCCGCGACUCCCCGCUCGCGCUGCUGCACUACAUUGCCAACUUUGCGCUGCACACCUUUCUAUACCUGCCGUACUACGCGGUGGUGAAGCGGCGGUUCGGGCUCGCCGGCUUCGCGCUCGGCUCGACCGGCGCCUACUUCGCCGCCUUCCACGCCCUCCACGCCUACCACCCCGCUGCGUUUUGGAUCUCGCUCGGCUUUUCUUCCGUGCUCGGCCCCGUGGCGCUGAUGGCGGGCAACUUCGGGCAGCACCAGUUCAUCAACCCGGCCGACCCGGCGGACAACUACGGCCUCACCGUCAACCUCGUCAAGGCGCCCUUCAACAUGCUCACCUUCAACGAUGGCUACCACAUCGUCCAUCACCUCAACUCGGUCUGCCACUGGUCCGAGAUGCCGCUCCAGUUCAUCAAGAAUCUGGACAAGUACGAGAAGCACGAUGCGCUCGUCUUUCACUCCCUCGACUACAACGAGAUGUCCGCCCUCAUCUACACGCGCCAGCUCCGCAAGCUCGCCUCGUACUGCGUCCAGCUGCGCGCAGAGCCGCGCACCACCGACCAGCUGGUCGCUCUCUUCGAGGAGCGGCUGCAGCCGCUGCCGCAGGCGGGCGCGCCGCUCGACCUGCCCAAAAAGUCGAUCUUCGGGCUGCAGCAGCUGCUCUGGCUCGGCCUCUACGCGGGCGGCAUGCCGUCCGCCAUCUUCCCCGCGCUGAUGGUGCCGGUCUUCGCCGCCCUAUCUCUCGUGGAGGCGUGAGGCGGGGGCAGGGCGGGGGCGGGCCGCCACCGGAGACGGGCGGGCCGCUCCAAGAUGCGUCGGAGUCAGCGGGAUAAUGGGGUUCAAGUGUUAAUAUCGCCAUUUAACUCUCUCUGUAUGCCGUGUUGAGCGAGCG